AUGCUUAUUGAAUCUGUACUGGAGUGUUUUUCUCUACAGAGGGUCCUGGGAGGCUUGGUAGGGCUAUUAGCAGUAGCGACCAUCGCCUACGCCCUCUACAAUCGUUUCCUUCACCCUCUCCGCCGUAUCAACGGUCCCAUCCUCGCAUCUCUCACACCCUGGGUCCAGCUCUACCAUGGCCUGAAAGGUGAUCGCCAUCUCUGGCUACAUAAGCUACACAGUCAGUACGGGACACACGUGCGCGUUGCGCCUAAUUUUGUUUCCGUCAACUCGGACCGUGGAUUGCAUGAUAUCUACGGACACGGGAAGCGUCUCCAGAAGGCCGAUUUCUAUAAUGCUUUCCCCGCCAUCAAGGGCGUGUAUAACACGCACAACGCGAUUGAUAAAACCAUGCAUGGUCGCAAAAGGAGAGUCCUUAGCCAGGCUUUCUCGGAUAAUGCUCUUAGGGGAAUGGAGGAUGUAAUGCUCCUCCAUGUGCGUCAGCUGUGUGCCGUGCUGGCUGGGUAUGAUGGGGAUUUCGAAUCGCAUGAUCAGAAGGGAAAUGUCAAGAACAUGGGUAACUGGUUUAGUUAUCUCUCGUAUGAUGUUAUGGGCGAGCUCUGCUUCGGGAAAAGCUUUGAUAUGCUUAUUUCUGACUCCAUGAGAUAUAAAGUUGGAUUGGUGGAUCGUGCUGCGAACAGGCACUAUGUGUGUGGACUUUGGAUGCCCCUGGACACAUGGGGAUUGGACCAGAUAUUCAUCCGCAAGCUGACGCGCGACCGAUGGAACUUCAUUAUGAAUUCACGUGUUGAAGCAAACGAGCGCGCCAAGGAGCGUACUCAGAUCGGUCACGACGCUAAGAAGGACUUCUUUUAUUACCUGUUGAACGCGAAGGAUCCGGAGACAGGCAAUGGACUUAGCACACCUGAGCUUUGGGGAGAGUCAAAUGUUCUCAUGAUCGCGGGCAGCGACACAACCUCGACUACACUGGCAGCCACACUGUUCUACCUAGUUCGGAGACCAGAUGCACUGGCCAAGCUGAGUGCCGAGGUGCGCGGUGCCUUCAAUGAAGUCGAAGAGAUCGUUACUGGUAGCGAACUCAAUGAACUGGUGUAUCUCAAAGCAUGUAUCGAUGAGGCGUUGCGUCUGGCCCCAGCCGUGCCCGGUGCGAUUCCCCGUGAAGUGAUGGAGGGAGGUGCUGUGGUCGAUGGUGUCUUCUUACCUGCUGGUACAGACUGCGGCACACCGACAUACUCGAUCCACCGUCAAGAGCGAUACUACCGGGAAGCAGGGACAUUUAUUCCAGAGCGCUGGAUUGAGGACGCCACCUGCAUGGCCUCUGGGAAGUCUUGGCAAACGACGAAGGAGAGCAUUGAGACUGCGCGACACGCAUUUUGUCCAUUUAGCAUUGGGCCCCGUGGAUGCAUUGGCAAGAGCAUGGCCUUUAUGGAGAUGCGGCUGACAUUGGCGCGGCUCGUGUUCCUCUUCGACAUGUCAUUGGCGGACCGUGAGGGCGAAGACGCCGGGGGUCAUUUGGCGCUGACGGAUCAUUUCACUUCCGCGAAGAAUGGACCGAAUGUUGCGACCAUUUUAAAUGCCAUUUCGAACGUCCUCGCGCAGCUGAUUGACCAGCGAAACAACAAAGCCCCAUUCACUCUAAACACAUUGGCUCUUCUCCAAUUUGUGGGCUAUGGCAUCUUAAUCGUCCCCCCUAAUUUCUACUGGCAACGCGCCCUUGAAGCGCGUUACCCGGGGUUUCCUACGCGUGCCGAAUUCUCAAAUGCGUUCAGUAUUCGAUCACUGAAAUCUAUCUUCUCGCCUCGUGCAUGGCUGUCCCUCUGUUCAAGAGCUCCGCAGGAAGAUUCACUCCCUAGCCACAAGGAGAAAGAGAAGCAUGUUCGAUGGGCGCCGCGAAAGCAGCCAUCCGGGCUGCGUAGCUUUAUUAUGAAAUUCUUCUUUGAUCAAACAGCUGCUUCAAUCGUCAAUCUUGUGCUAUUUGUGGUUGUCAUCAAUUUGCUGAAGGGGGAGAGUCUGAAAAAGUCAUGGGAAUUGGUUGUUUUGGAUUUCCGGCCUCUUAUGAGUGCGCGUUUGAAAUAUCGGCCUAUUGUCUCGGUCUUAAUGUACACAGUCAUUCCUGUAGAUCGACGAGUGGUCUUUGGAAGUGCAUGUGGAGUGAUCUGGGAGGGAAGGCAAAAUUCCAGCCAGGAGCGCAAGAUCAAGGAUGAUGAAACUACACUAGUCCCACGACAGACAAAAUCAAAAAACUACAAGAAGCGUGACAUCUCCCGGCAAUGCAAUAGUGAGUAA